GACUCAUGAUCUCGCGAGCUCUCCGUCUUCACUGCUUUCGGUGUUGGUACUAUUUUGUUAUGGACUGUGUUGAGUUAGCCGCCCACCACUAGUAAAUAAUGGAUCGAGCUUCAUAAAGCAGGAUUCAGUGUGUUUCUCCUGGACUUGCCACAGAGAGGAUGUUCCCCUGCUUGGCCCACAGACCAUGGCAAGUCCUCUGCCGGGUCUACCUGCUACAACGAGCCCCUUUAUCUCAGAGACCCUCUAAAAUAGCAAAGCCAUGUUUUGGUUGGCAAAGUGGAGAAGGUGUGCACAAACUCUGGUUUAGCUUCCCCGAUUCCAGAGUCACUUCCUUAACGUGGACACAGAUUCAGAACUGUUCCACAACAGGCAGUGAUAAAGACGGCUCUCCAGCAGGCCCUGUAGAGCCAAAGCCCACUGAGAAAGAACAAGCUGCACAGCCCUCUGCAAAAUCAGCUGGUUCCAAACCUCAAGGUCUGAUGAAAGCACAGAGCAUUCAAGUGAAAGUACGGGCUGUCCUGAAAAAAAGGGAAUAUGGCACCAAAUACACCCAGAAUAAUUUCAUCACUGCAGUCAGAGCUAUGAACGAGUUCUGCCUCAAACUCUGUGACCUUGAGCAGCUUAGAAAAAUCAGUCGACGUAGUCCCCAUGAUGACACGGAAGCCUUCACCGUCUUCCUGCGAUCAGAUGUGGAGGCAAAAGCGCUGGAUGUAUGGGGAAGUCAAGAGGCACUUGCUAGAGAGAGGAAUCUCAGGAAGGAGGUGGAAAGGGAAUACCAGGAAAACAUAUUUAGAAAUCAGAAGCUGUUGAAGGAGUACAAAGACUUCUGGGGGAACACAAAGCCUCGGUCUAGGAAGAGAGUGACAUUUCUACAAGGGCCGGGAAAAGUAGUGAUGGUGGCUAUAUGCAUAAAUGGACUGAAUUUUUUCUUCAAGCUGUUGGCGUGGGUUUAUACAGGAUCUGCCAGUAUGUUUUCAGAAGCCAUCCACUCACUGGCUGAUACCUGCAAUCAGGCUCUUCUUGCACUAGGCAUCAGCCAGUCUGUCCGGAACCCAGAUGCCAUCCAUCCGUACGGCUUCUCCAACAUGCGUUACAUCGCCUCUCUCAUCAGCGGAGUCGGAAUCUUCAUGAUGGGUGCUGGCUUGUCCUGGUAUCACGGCAUUAUGGGACUCCUGCACCCUCAGCCAAUAGAAUCACUGCUCUGGGCUUAUUGUAUUUUAGCAGGAUCUCUGGUAUCUGAAGGAGCUACACUAUUGGUGGCCAUUAACGAGAUCAAGAAGAGUUCACGUAAACAAGGCUUGUCUUUUUAUGAGUACGUGAUGCAAAGUCGAGACCCCAGCACUAACGUGGUCCUGUUGGAGGAUGCUGCUGCUGUGGUCGGGGUGGUGCUGGCAGCUGGAUGUAUGGGACUAACGUCUCUUACAGGUAACCCCUACUAUGACAGUCUGGGUUCUCUGGGUGUGGGCACCCUGUUAGGAACAGUGUCUGCAUUCCUCAUCUACACUAACACAGAGGCUCUGCUGGGCCGCUCCAUCCAGGCCGAGCAUGUGCAGAAGCUCACAGAGUUUCUAGAAAAUGACCCUGCUGUCAGGGCGAUUCAUGAUGUCAAAGCCACAGAUAUGGGGCUGAGCAAAGUGCGCUUCAAGGCGGAGGUGGACUUUGAUGGGCGGGUGGUGACACGCUCAUACCUGGAGAAGCAAGACAUUGAACAGAUCCUCAGUGACAUUCAGCAGGUGAAGACGCCAGAGGAGCUGGAGAACUUUAUGUUAAAGCAUGGGGAGAACAUUAUUGACACCUUAGGAGCAGAGGUGGACCGUCUAGAGAAAGAACUUAAGCAACGUAAUCCUGAGGUGCGACAUGUGGAUCUGGAGAUUUUAUAAUGUCAUGACACAUUGCCGAAUGGGGAUCAGGAUGGAGUGGAAGGAAAACGAAAACUAAUCAAACCUCGAGCGACCAUGAUCACCCCAUGCUUUCCAACCAGCCAAUCAGCUGAGGUCUUAUGAUGCACCUAUCACACAUCAACCAAGCACUCUAACCUGUGCAUGGUUUCAGUAGCUGUUAAAAUAGCAGAACCAUAGCCAAAUCAGAGAGGACUCCAUCUGGACAUGGCUAAUAAAUUAUUAUUUUACAAUCAAUGGCUUUCAGAUAUGUGGUAGUUUGUACCAUCAGAGCUUUGAAAUCAUGUCCAUGGAUUGUAAAAGGACCAGUCUUAUUUCAUUUUACAGUUUGCAUGCAAAGCAGCAUAAACACUAAUAUUUUACAACAGUUCUCGCAUUAACACCACGAUAUAACCAUAAAUAGUAAGCUUGAAGGGUAAAGCGUCCAUUCUGCUAGAUGAAAGCACUGGUUUAAAUUAUAUGUAAAAGUUUCCCAUGUUACUCCACUGUUUUUUUUUAAAUGCACAGAGAUGAUGGCGUGUUCAAACAAUGCCAUUGUCAUUGAAUGAAGUAAGCUGAUUUAUUGAUUAUUCAUGAGUGAGUUACAAAAAUUAACAGCAGUUUUAAUCUACUUCAAAAAAAAAAAAGAAAAAGGUCCAGUUUAAAUUGAUGUUUAAAUCGGUUUAAAAAAAACUUUUAUAAUUACCACUUAUUCAAAAUAGAUAAAAAAUAGUACUAAUAACAGAGUAAAAAAGUGUGUUCUAAACUAUAUUGAUUUAUUAUAUCCACAUUUAUCAGUAAUAAGAGAACAUAGAAUCAAAUUUAGAACAACAGGUAUCCAUGGCCCACCUCAGCCCCCUCAACUGAUGAAGACUACUCAGAUCUUCACAUCCUUCCUAUACUAAAAGUACUAAUGUCAUUAUGCUGCUUUUGGGACUGUUCAUCUGUUUAUGCUGUAAUUUUGUGUCACUGAAUGAAAGCAAUUGUAGAUGUCCAAAAACAACUCUGUUUCUAAAGUCAUUGGUGGCAUUGUUGAGUUGCCAACCUAGUUUGUGAACACUAACCCAAGUGUUUUUUUUCCCCAUUGUAAAUAAUACUCGACUGAAAAUACAACAUUCUGAUUUUGAUAUCUGAAAAAGAAGCAUUCAGUCCGUUUAAAUUCUCUCAGUAUACAUGCAAACAGUAUAUUUUGUGGUAGUUACAUGCUCUCUUUUGCUGACGUCUAGCCUAUGCAAUGUUUUUAAACAUUGUAAUUUAAUCAGAGCUUCAAAAUUUUCCCUUAGGAACAGUCAGACAUGGAUGAAGUUAAAAGAUUAGUUUUGGAAAAGGCUUUAAGAAUAUAUAUUUUAAAUAUGUUUAUUUGACAGAUUGUUGUUUGGUUAAAUAUUUGAGCUGUUUGGAGCUACUGAAGAACAUGAUGAAUAAAUUGCAAUUAAUUUAU